AUGAAGGGGAACUUCCAGAAGCCGGAGGUCCUCGCCCCUGCUGGAGGAUGGCCCCAGCUCAAGGCGGCGGUUGAGAACGGGGCAGACGCGGUCUAUUUUGGGCUUUCCAAGUUCAAUGCACGAGCAAGAGCGUCUAACUUUCACCCUGAGCGAGACCUGCCAGCAGUAAUGGAGUACUUGCACAGGCACGGGGUGAAGGGAUACGUCACUGUCAACGUCCUCCUCUUCGACUCCGAGCUCGACGAGUUCGAGGACAUGGUCCGCUCCAUCGCCCGCCAUGGCGUCGAUGCGGUGAUCGUGCAGGACAUAGGGGCGGUGAAGAUGAUCAAGAGCAUCUCCCCCAACCUCAACAUCCAUGGCAGCACGCAGAUGAGUAUCACCUCAGCUGAGGGUGUCAAGUUUGCGCGUCGGCAGGGAGUCAGCAGAGUCGUGCUGGGCAGGGAGUUGUCUGUCACAGAGAUUGCGUCAAUCCAGAAGGAGAUCGGGGAAGAACUUAUGGAGGGCAUCGAGAUCUUUGUGCAUGGAGCUCUGUGCGUGAGCUACUCAGGACAGUGCUUCUCCUCCGAAGCAUGGGGAGGUCGCUCAGCCAAUAGAGGACAGUGCGCACAGGCUUGCCGCCUCCCUUACGAGCUGCUUGUAAACGGGAAGAGGAAGCCAAUGGAAGACGUUAAGUAUCUGCUCAGCCCGCAAGACCUGAUGGCUGUCGAGCUGGUUCCCCAGCUGAUCUCAGCUGGAGUCUCCUCCUUGAAGAUCGAGGGCAGGCUCAAGAGCCCGGAGUACGUGGCACUCACAACCAAAGUCUACCGAGAGGCUGUAGACAAGGCCUGGGAACUGUUUUCCUCUUCCUCCUCUUCCUCCAAGAAGGACACAAGCUUGAUCAGCGAGCUCAGCAGAAGGGAGCUACAGCAAGUGUUCGCGCGAGCACAGGACGAGAAUCACAACGGCCUGACCCCUGGGUUCCUGGAGGGACCUCGCCAUCAGCGACUAGUCAGGGGAAGAAAUCCGCGACAUCGCGGGAUUCUAGUGGGAAAGGUUGAGGGAGUGGAGGAUGGAGGCGUGCGAAUCAAAGUCUGCGGUCCCAUCAAACGAGGAGACGGUGUCGUGUUCGACAGAGGGGCACCUGAAGAAAAGGAAGAAGGAGGCUCCGUGUAUGAGGUGAUUGACUCUCGAGGACGGUCGGUCGCUAGGACAUCAAAUGAGGAGGUCACCUCUGGAUCCUUCCUGGUCAAGUUCGGGAAGAAUGCACUGGAACUGAGGAGGGUAGGACGAGGAGACCUGGUGUGGAAGACAAGGGACGCGGCAGUGGACAAGAAGCUCGAAGCGCUGGUUAAAGGUGGAGGAGAGAGGGGAGGACACGGAGGAGGAGCAGAAGGAGCGUCGGAAAGCGCAGCAGGAGUUAGCAUCAAAGUUUCAGGCGAGCUGGGAAAGCAGCUCACGAUUAUUGCUGAGGACCAGCUGGGAAGAGUGGGAAGAGGAACGACGAUGUCAGUACUGCAAGAGGCAACAAGCAAGGGACUGGAUGAGGAAAGUCUGCGCAAGUCCAUAGGGUUGCUCGGAGGAACAGGUCUCCGCCUCCUCCACCUUGACGUCUCUGCCCUGGCCGGAGGAACUUUCGUGCCUGCCAGUGAGAUCAAGGCAGCACGCAGAGAGGCAGUGGAGCAGCUGCUUGAGCAGAGGCUCAUGACGGCAGAGGGGAUGGCGGAGGAGGCAGUCGUAUCCAACAUCGUUGACGCAUCUUUCACCUCCCUGGCACAAGGCGAGAGGCAGGCAGGCAGGGACGGAAGGGCGCCCAAGAUCGCGAUCCUGUGCAGGACCAGAGAGCAGUGCGAGGAAGCGAUGAAGGUGGAGUGGCUGGAGGAGAUCAUCCUGGACUUUCUCGAAGUCCACGGGCUCGUUCAAGCCGUCGAGGCUGUCAGAGGCUCAGGGAAGCGAGUGAUCGUAGCGACUCCCAGGGUGCUGAAACCAGAAGAGGAGAGGAUGUGGAGGUUUUACCUCAGGCUCGGGGCGGACGCUCUGCUCGUGAGGAGCACGGGGAUGCUGCAGAAGCUGACGGACCUGGGAGGGGCUGGAGCGGUUCUCUCUGACAAGGAGGAGCUGAGAAUCCCCGAGCUCCACGGUGACUUCAGCUUGAAUGCCGCAAACAGGAUAAGCGCUCUCCACCUGCUGGAGGAGGGGUUGGCCCGCCUAGCCCCCACCCACGACCUGAACGCCUUCCAGCUGUGCGAGCUGGGAAACUCUCUGGGGCCUGGUGGGCACCAGCUGGAGGCAAUCAUCCACCAGCACCUGCCGAUCUUUCACACCGAGCACUGCGUGUUCUGCCGCUUCCUGAGCGACGGCAACAGCUACAAGGACUGCGGGCAUCCCUGCGAGACCAACUCCGUCCACCUCCGCGACCAGGCAAGGAGAGCACAGCAGGAGGGGAACGAGCAUCUGGUGCUGGCAGACAUGGGGUGCAGGAAUACUGUCUUCAACGCUAAGGCUCAGUCCGGAGUCUUUUACGUUUCUGACCUCAUCAGAGCUGGUUACAGGAAUUUUCGCAUCGAGUUGGUCGACGAGCCUCCCCAUCAAGUCAUUCCCAUCCUCACAGCUUAUCACGACCUCCUGCAUCAUCGAGCAACCCCGGGAGAGCUCUGGACGUGGCUGCGGAGUCUGCAAAACGCCAACGGCAGAGCGCAGGGGGUGGAAGAGGGUUCCCUGGUACACUCAGCUAGAGCGAGAGCCGAGGACCUCAAGCCGACGGCAUCGCAGCAGAACCCCAAGUGGUCGAAAAUGGGAGCACAGGCGCUCAAGGACAAGUGA